AUGUUUAAAUUUCUACACGACAUAGAUGUGGCGAAGAGGAAACUCCUGAACACCAUUAAUAACAAAUUUGCGCUCCCCAACGAAGACGAUGAGUGCCUGUUCCCGGGGGACGAGGAAAGUAUGAACCGCGCAGUGGGGGCAGGGGAGUGCUCGCUCCCAGGAAAAGGGGAUCGUCCAAGCGGAGAGGAGGACGACGAGGACGUUUCAGGCGAAUCGCACGAGGAAGACUCAAACUCAUCUCAUCACGACGACUCAAACUCAUCUCAUCACGACGACUCAAACUUAUCUCACCAGGAUGACUCAAACUUAUCUCACCACGACGACUCAGUUCAGUCCAGUGGUGAAAACCUUAGCCAUUCCGACGCUGGUGCGAAAACAAGUGUGCGAUAUGAACACGAAGAGAUUGACACACGUGAGGAGAAUGAAAAAAGGGAAGACGGAGCUGGGGGGGCGACGUGCAAGGGGCAGUCUCGCCAGGGGAGUGAAGUUAUCACGCAGGUGGGAGCCAUUCCCGUUGCUCAACCAUGCAGAGGAUGCUGUGAGGGAAGCGAAGGUGGCGAAGGCGGCGAAGGAGGAGAAGGAGGCAGCCGCGCCAUGGCGCGUAAGGAAGCCCACGUGGGUGAAACAAAAAAAUGUUACCCCCCCAGGUUAAAGAAGGAAACGAAAAAGAGGAAAAAAAAAACAGACGCAAAAGAUGAAACGGACACCCUUACAGAGUCUACCUUUUACAACCACCUCAAAAGUAAAGUAGCAAAAGAUCUGUGUUGCACAGUGGAGAAUGAAAAGUAUGAAGAGGUGGUCAAGCAAAUAAUUCUUUUAAGAGAAAUGCCCAGCGGAGAGGCAAACUGUAUGGUGAACACACAAAGCAACUCCUCCCUUGAGCAACACAAAAAGCUAGCUGAAGACUGCGCCACAAAGAUAUGCGAUCUGCUACUAGGCCAUACGAGCAAGCUGUUUGUGAAGCCCCCCCCCCUGCUUGGCAGUGGAGAGCAGAAACAAGAGAAUGAAACAAAGGAGAAAACAAAACAAGUUAAAGAAAUAAUUGAAUUAAAAAGGAAAAAUAAAAUUCUUAAAGAUAUAAACGAAAGACAAACGAAACAACUGUUACAACUCUCAAGUCAGUUGUCCUCGACCAUAAAAAGUGAUGCAGAACAAAAUGAACGAAACUACAUAAACGGUCAAGUGGACUCCAUGGAAAAGGAGCUAACUCAAUUGAAGACACAAGUGGUUAUGUUAGAAGAAAUUGCAAAUGAUAAAAAUAUACAUGUAAAAAAAAAUUACGAAUUAGCAUGUUUAAUAAAAUCAUUAGAACUUGCUCUUCAAAAAAAGUCUCACCUUUGUGUUUCAUUGUGGAAGGAGAAACACCAACUACGGGACAGGCUACAAGGGUACCGUGAGCAGGUGCAACUGUCUCGCGAGGACUUGCGUGCUUGUAGAGCAGAUUUGCUAGACAUGCAACGGAGGGAAAAACGACUCGCGUUCCAACUCAGGGGCCUCAUCAGGGCCCGUGGCGACUGGGCUGGCGGGAUAUCCCUGCGGCGUCAUACAAACAAAGGGCGCCUCAAGUUGCGCGCAAGAGGGGGAAGAGGCGACAGCAGCGAAAGCAGUGCUUGUAAUGAUGCAGCAGAGGGGGAUCCUCCGUUGGACCAUUCAAAGAGUACCCAUUUUGAGCGCCACCUGAACAGUGUGUACCCUCCACGCCGUACAAGAAGCGCCGAUCCCCCGCGAUGCGCAGCAGCGGCAACCGAGAGCAACGCAGCCAAUUACCUCACCAGUCACCUCACCAGUCACCUCACCAGCGCUGGUACCAACUGCAAUACUGACCGGUGCGCAAACCGAGAUACCCUAGAGGAUCUCGCGCGAAAGGUAAAGAAUUACAAAUUUUUUAUACACGAAUGGAAGUCUUUGUUUGUUAGAAACAAAAAAAGAAAUGACGCGGAAUUGAAUGAAACAAAAAAACUGUUGUCACAACAGGUUACAAAAAAUGAAAUGCUAGAAAAACAAAAUCAAACUCUUUUAGAAGAAAUGAGAUCGUUUCACAUGGGUGCAGACAACAGAGGAGGUAGUGACAUGGACAAUGGAAUGGGUAACGUCACAGAGGACGACAUACAUUGUGAAGAGAGUCACCAGGACGACGGGGUCUGCUCCAAAACGAAAGAACUCGUAGAAGAAGUAAAUUUCCUAACAAGAGAAGUAGAAAAGCUGCGAGAGGACCAGCUCCUACUCCAGGAGGAUGUUAAAAAGAAAAGCACAAUUAUCGUGCACCUUAUAAAGAACCACGCCCUCAGCGAGGAGCCUUUCGGGAAGAUUUUGCAGGAGAUCCGUGUUGAAAAUAUUCGCCUUCGAUCAGACUUGGUCACGGCCAAAUGUAUGAAGGAGGACAGCACUGCAUCUUGUAUUAGGCAGGACAACCCUAAACCUGAACAUGAAAAAUAA